CGGCGUUGACUUCUGUCUCCACGUCGGCAUGAGCGGCGUUGACUUGUCUCCCCGUCGGCAUGAGCGGCGUUGACUUCUCUCUGACUCGUUUUGCAGUUGACCACGUCGGCAUGAGCGGCGCUGACUUCUGUCUCCACGUCGGCAUGAGCGGCGUUGACUUCUGUCUCCACGUCGGCAUGAGCGGCGUUGACUUCUGUCUCCACGUCGGCAUGAGCGGCGUUGACUUCUGUCUUCACGUCGCCAUGAGCGGCGUUGACUUAUGUCUCCACGUCGGCAUGGGUGGCGUUGACUCUUUUCCCCUGCGUGUUGCUGAGCUAGGCAAACUGUUUGUCGCGGGAGUUGAACUCGGGAACAAGUUCCACGUAGAGUGCAUGUUGGUACGUCACGUGCAUGAUUCGUUGGAUCGGGAUACUAUAAUCAGGCCGAUUAUGGCGGACGCCGCGGAGCUGACGAGAGUCUUCUCUCUUGCAGGGUGCUUCCUGAUUGACUACUUUUAUGGCGCCUCCGCCUCGGUCACUGACCACCUGAUCGUUACGCACGAGGCUUGGGACAGCAAUUUGUUGGCCCCAUCACCAGCGGCUGUGGGCAAAGUGGGGUUUCCUCGGAGUACCAAGGGUAAGAAGAGGAGGGUUAUCUCCCGGAAUGAUCCCGCGGUUUCGACAACUUCUCCGGAAGCGAUCGGCGGGACCGAGUACGUUGCGCGGGAAAAUGGGUACGCCCCUGCUAGGGGCUAUUUUCCCGCCAUUAUCUCCGUCAUUCCUUCCGUGGGGGAUGAGGAUCUAGUGCUAGUGGUGGGUGUUCGCUUUCGUCUGCUGACGGCACGGGAUCCCGACUUAAUGGAAUCUAGCGCGGGAGUCCUUGAGGCUUCAGUUGGGAGAGAGACACCUCAUCGUCGCCCUCGGAGAACCACUCGAAAGGAAAUUAUCAUGCAGCAGAAGGGGACCGGGAACCUUCGCAGGGCGGCGCGAAACGAACCCGGCAAAGUGGGCGCUGAACUGCUGCGGCAGAUUCAGCGCCCUCAACCAGGACGAUGGAUCCAGCAUCGUGUCGAGUACACGAACGCAGACACGGACACCGAAGUGGACAAGGACGCCGACAAUGACACGGACCUGGACACGGAUAUGGAUGCACGGAUAGAGAAGAGCGAUGGCGUCGCUCUUCUCUAUCCGUGCAUCCAUAUCCAUCUUCAGGUCCGUGUCCUUGUCACCGCGUUCUUGUCCCCAUCCGUGUCCCUGUCUGCAUUCCUGUACUCAAGGGGAUGCUGGAUCCAUCGUCCUGGUUGAGGGCGCUGAAUCUGUCGCAGCUGUGCAAGAAAUCCGCCAGACUCGUUGCCACGUCCGAUACCAGCUGCGUUACUCG